CGGGGCCUUUGAAUCUCAGUGGCGGCUUUUGGGUUCGGCUGUGUGUUCGAGAAAGUUCUCAUGGUGAGAUACCUUGCCACCGAGGCUGGAGUGGAGGCUCAGAGAUCUUCUGGAAUACCGUGACCCGCGAGGUUAACCCAAGUGCAUAUGCUUCUGAAUUAAGCAUGCAGGCUGCCUCUAAAUGAAUCUAUCUUUUUACACUUUUACACAACUCAGGGCUACUGCAGGCCAGUUAUCUUCUUCCUUUGGCAAAGCCUGAACAUGUAUGCAGCAAUGGCCACUAGAAACUCACAGCUACAAAACACAAGUUCUCAAGGCAGUAAUAGUUGUCAGACCAGUCUCUUAGGCUGGAAAGUAAAAGAGAAAUCAGGUAACUCGGAGAGAGUCUUAAAGAAAAGAGAUUCAAUGGAAGAGUUUAAUCAUGCUGAUGAUCAAAAUGAAGAUGCUCUGCAGAUAGCAGUAGGAUACUUUCAGAAAGGUCCCAAGAAAGCUUCACUGAGUAAAGAUACAAUCUUGGAAAAACACAUGAAAACUGUGGAAAAUAUGGCUUGGAAAAAUGGCUUAGCUCCAGAAGCAAUUGAUAUUUUAUUAAAUGUGGCACUCAAUGGCAAGUUUGGGAAUGCUAUAAACACACGGAUAUUAAAGUGCAUGAUUCCCGAAACUCAUAUAGCAGAAGACUCUGUGGUUAAGGCGGUGUCAUGGCUCUGUGUUGGCAAGUGUUCUGGUAAUACCAAGGUACUUUUUUAUCGUUGGUUGGUUGCGAUGUUUGACUUUAUUGAUCAAAAGAAGCAGAUUAAUUUGCUUUAUGGCUUCUUUUUUGCUUCAUUGCAAGAUGAUGCUCUGUGCCCCCAUAUUUGCCAUCUGUUAUAUUUACUGACCAAAAAAGAGAAUGUCAAACCAUUUCGUGUGAGAAAAUUGCUUGAUCUUCAGGCCAAAAUGGGAAUGCAACCUCAUCUCCAGGCUUUGUUGUCACUGUAUAAGUUCUUUGUUCCUAGUUUGAUUUCCGUAUCUUUGCCUGUAAGGAAGAAGAUCUAUUUUAAUACUUCAAAAAACCUGUGGACUUCAGCUAUGCUUGCUAUGAAGCUAAGAAACCAAGGAGCUUUUCCAGAACCUACAAAGUUGACAUUAAGUCCGACUAAGGGCCGUUGCCUAAAAAGAAAAUGGAAUUCUCACUCAGUUAUACCAGCGCUAAAUUCUGUUAACAAAGAAUGUGGGAAUAAGAAGAUGAGUCUUUCUGAUUAUCUUAGCAGUGAUAGAUCACUUCCACUAGAACAGCUUCAAAGUUUCCCUCAACUUUUACAGAACAUUCAUUGCUUAGAGCUGCCUUCUCAGAUGGGCUCAGUGCUAAACAACUCUCUGCUACUUCAUUAUAUUAACUGUGUCAAAGAUGAGUCAAUCUUACUGAGGCUCUAUUAUUGGUUGAGUCAAGCAUUCCAAGAAGAAUGUAUAUGGUAUAAUGUAAAUAAUUAUAAAAGAGAAAAAGAAUUUAUAAACUUCCUUGACAUUGUCAUCAGGAUGCAGUGCUUCCUACAAGAAGGGUUUUACUCUGGUGAAGCUUUCUUGUAUAAAAGCCUGCCUCUCUGGGAUGGCUUCUCUUGUCGGUCACAGUUCCUUCAGCUUCUGGCCUGGAUUCCAUUCAGUAGCUUCUCUGAGGUGAAGCCACUUCUUAUUGAUCAUCUAGCGCCUCUCUUCUUUACAUCAACCAUUUAUUUCAAGUGUACUGUUCUUCAAAGUCUGAAAGAACUAUUACAGAAUUGGCUGUUGUGGCUUUCUAUGGAUGACCACAUGCAAUCCAUGACAGACAGUCCUCUAGAGACAACUUUGGGUGGAUCCAUGAACUCUGUGUCUCAGUUGAUUGAGUACAUUGGCUGGUUGUCCGUGAUUGCAGUGCGCUUGGAGAGCAACAGUACAUUGUUGUUACACUUUAUUUUGGACUUCUAUGAGAAGGUGUGUGACAUAUAUAUAAAUUAUGACCUUCCAUUAGUGGUGUUGUUUCCUCCUGUGAUCUUCCAUUCUGCACUCCUAAGCCUGGAUGCCAGUAUCUUGAACCAACUCUGUUACAUUAUGUACAGGUAUCACAGUAAUUUGAUAGCUGCAAAGAAAAAGGACUUUCUGCACAAGGCAAAAUCAGAGUUUAAUUUCAACAGCAAGGUCUGUCGGGAAUUUAAUUACUAUCUGACAGCUAUGGUUUGUUGCCUAUGGACAUCCAAACCAUUUGCAAAAGGACUAUUCAUUGAUCUGCAAAUCUUAGAAGACACAGGAAGAACAGAGUACAAAAACAGCUUAAAUUUAGUCCACCAUCCUUCUCUAUUGAGCUAUGCAGCUUUUUUUUUGCUACAGGAGAGCCCAGAAGAAAGGACGGUAGACCUGAGCUCUAUUCGGGGGAAGAAAUGGAACUGUUAUUUGGAUUAUUUAUUUUCAGAGGGUUUUCAAGGCGUAAAACUUUUCAUAAACAGUGUUAUCCGUCGUUCUUAGAAGAAUGUUGACAAACACACUGGCAAUGCUGGACUAAAUUCCUCAUUGCUAGACAGGCCAAGUAGCUGAGUGUGAGUUUCCAUAUACGUUUCACAAGCUGAUUGCUGUCUUUAAGGAGUAUACAGACUGGCCUUCUGUCUACAGCUCAGGAUAGCUUUGUUGUAGACUAACUUAGUUAUAGCAUUCAGAUUUUUAGCUUACUAAUGAAAAAUAACCUCUUCAUCAUCCAGUUCUGCCUUCACUGACUUAUGAAUGAAGAGAUACAUCUGCUUUCUAGUGGGAAAUUUGUUUUGCAUUUUUGUCUGCUAUGUUAGUAAAAGAGAACAAGACAUACUUAUGCAGAGUACUCUGCAGUUUCUGAAAUCUUGGGGAUAUUUUAUCGUUUAUUUUAUUUUUUUAAGUUACUAAAACAGCUGAUGACUUCUUGGGCCUGCAUUGGUAGUAAUUAUAUGAGUGAAGGAAGGGGAGACGAUGGAGACACUUCUGAUUGAAACCAUUAUUUUGUUUUAAUGUAUAUGCAUAUGUAUGUAUUUAUGUAUAUAGAUUUAAAAUUUCCAGGCCUAAAUAAACUUAAGCUUUACCUUCAGGAGUAAUUCUGAUUUUAAAGAAAUAAUGAAGAUUAUUUUUGCUGGAAAUUAAUUGUAAAAUUUUGUUUCAAGACUCCUGAACAACAUUUAAUACAUUCACAUUAAGAAUAACACCUAGACAGGCACGGUGGCACACGCCUAUAGUUGCAACACUCUGGCAGAGGCAGAGGCAAGCAGAUAUCUGUGAGUUUGAGGCCAGCCUGGUCUACAAAAUGAGUCCAGGACAGCCAAUGCUACACAGAAAAACCCUGUCUCAAAAAAACAAAACAAAACAAAAGAAUAACUAACAAAAGAAUAACUAACACCUGAUUUUUAAUGGAGACUCUGAAAGCCAGCAAGGACUGAAUAUAUGUUCUAUAAGCUCCAAGAGACCACAGAUACCAGCACAGACUACUAUACACAGCAAAACUAUUGAUCCUAAUCUCCAAAGAAAGGAAAACAUUCUACAAUAAAACAAAUUGAAGCAAUUUCUGUUCACCAAUCCAGCUCUACAGAAGGCACUAGAAGCAAUAUUUUACCCUGAAGAGAAGAAUAAGAGGACACAAAAGAAUAAAUAAUCCCAGAGCAGUUGGUCAAAAUGGGGGGGAGGGGUGUUCCUCACUCUGUAACAACAAAAAUAAAGUGAAUUACUAUAA